AUGGAGAGAUGGUGUGGGCCGCGCUCGGGAUCCCCUGAACCGCCGCCCCGCCGUCCCUGGGCCUCCAGGGUGCUGCAGGAGGCGACCAACUGGCGGGCGGGGCCCCCGGCCGAGGCCCGAGCCCGGGAGCAAGAGAAAAGGAAAGCGGCAUCGCAAGAGCGGGAGGCCAAGGAGACCGAGCGAAAAAGGCGCAAGGCUGGUGGGGCCCGAAGGAGCCCCCUCGGUCGGCCCCGCCCGGAACCUCGGAACGCCCCUCGGGUGGCCCAGCCUGUAGGGCCCUCAGCUCCUUCACGACCCGAGCGCCUGGGGCUGGCGGGGCGACCGCCCCGUCCAUCCGCGCAGCCUCAGAGCGACCCAGGGGCGGCGUGGGCGGGGCCCUGGGGAGGUAGGCGGUCAGGGCCCCCCAGCUACGAGGCACACCUGCUGCUAAGGGGCGCAGCCGGGACGGCCCUGCGACGACGCUGGGACCGCCCGCCACCCUACGUGGCUCCACCUUCUUACGAAGGCCCCCACAGGACCUUGGGGUCUAAGCGAGGCCCCGAGCCCUCCCAGGCGCCCGCCUCAGCAGCCUGUGCUCCGACUCCGGCCAGGACAGAGGGAGGGUUCACAAAGAAGAGGCUGGAUCCUCGGAUCUAUCGGGACGUCCUCGGGGCUUGGGGUCUCCGACAGGGACGGGGUCUCCUGGGGGGAUCCCCAGGCUGUGGAACAGCCAGGCCAAGGCUGGAGUCCGGCAAAGGGGCCGUGGAGAAAAGCCUGGGGCUGGCUAGUGCCGGCCCGAAUAGUGGUAGUGACAGCCAUCCCCAAGCCAAAGCUGCUGGGAGCCCAAGCUCGGAGACAGCUCCUGCGGGGUUGGCCGCUGCGACUCCCAGCCCACCGCGUCCCGCUCCCAGGUCCAGGCCCCAUCUCAAGGGCCCCGGGGAAGGGAAAGAAAGUAGGGAACAGAGCUGGCUCCCCAAAUGCUGGAUUCCCUCCCUUAAAAGGCAGCCACCGCGACAUAGCCAGACCCUCCCCAGACCCUGGGCUCCAGGAGGCACUGGAUGGAGAGAGUCCCUGGGUCAUAGAGAGGGGGCAGGACCUGAGACCUUGGAGGGUUGGAAAGGGGCCCGCCGCGCCCACACCCUGCCCCGCAGCUCCCGCGGCCCUGCUCGGGGAGAAGGCGUCUUUGUCAUUGACGCCACGUGCGUGGUGAUACGCUCCCAGUACGUUCCAACCCCUCGAACCCAGCAUGUACAGCUUCUGCCCAAUGGGGUGCCGCGCGUCGGGGGGGAUGCCCCUAACCAACCGAAGCCCAACAAGGAAGAGGUCGAGGGAGUCGCGGCCUUUCCCUCCCCAUGCCAAAAACUGCUGUUGAGCAGUCGCCUUUCACACCAGCUCGGUGGGGGGCGAGGGUUCGAAGCUGAGGGCGGGAAGCCCCCGGACUCCUCCUUGGAGGAGCGCGCCUCGCGCAUCUUGGGGCUCCCGGUUGGCGAAGUAAACCUGCAGGACGCCCCCACGCAGCCAGGUAGCCCAGAGCGCUCAGUCUUAGGCCCACCGGCUUCGGGAGGCGCGGGCAGUGCCGAGGGCUCGGAGGAAGUGGCGGCUGUCCCGCGGCGCGCGGGCCGGGGCUGGGCGCGGACCCCAGGGCCCUACGCCGGGGCCCUGCGGGAAGCCGUGUCCCGCAUCCGGCGUCACACUGCCCCGGACUCGGACUCAGACGAAGCUGCGGAGCUCAGCGUCCACAGCGGCUCUUCUGAUGGAAGCGACACCGAAGCCUCGGGCGCCUCCUGGCGAAAUGAGCGGCCCCGGCCCGGGGAAGGCGGGAAGACGGCAGAGCUGAGCGACAGUAUCCGAGAGAUUCUAGAUGUCAUCAACCGAACCGAGGAGGCCUUCUUCGGAGAAAGGGACACUAAGGGGAUGCCACAGGGAAAUAGGGAGCAGCAGUGA